AUAGAGAGGCGCUGCAGGUGCCACGUUCGUGAUUCCUGAUUACCUGGAGAUUUUCUUAUAUCUCGUCCUCACAUCCCUCAGCCAAACGCAGGAUGACCAGAUAAUGAAUUGGAUUUUGGGAUUUCUUUUUCUUUCCUUUUUUAACUUUUUUUGGAGAGCAAUUAUUAGGAUAAGGGAGGCUCUUUUAAGAGGUUUACAUGGUGUUCCUGCGUUAUCUGAUUCUAUCCACAUAUACAUAUAUAUAUCGGUCUACUUAGUAAUCCCGUACAUUUAUUCUCCCUCACUCUCUCUCUCUCUCUCUGUAGACUGAUGCUUAAAUUGUUUCUCUAAGAAGGAAGAGACUUUUCAGAUCUUGUCUGAGACAUCAAACACGCUAAAUUCCAGCAGAUGAGUAGCAUCUUGAACAAGUCUAUCACUCCCCAUGGCUCGCACCCCAUUGUGGGGUCUCAAUCCAGCUCACAGUUUAGAAGACCAAUGAAAGUAGUUGCAGGUGGCCAUUCUUCGACUGAGUCAGGCUACCGGAGCUCACAGCUCGGUUCAGAGCACAAAAGACUCAAUGACGUUCUUCGGUUCGGCAACAGUGACGCCUCCAAACUAUCUCAUCUACUUCCCGAAGGAGAGAUCUGCAACUUCGUUCCUGAUCAAAUUGCACAAGUCAACCCUGCCAAGGCAUUCAAAAUGGUUCCAGAUGAAGCAGUCUUCGAAAGAAUCAGUUUAGGCUUCAUAUGGCCACUGAUGGAGAACAAGCAAAUGAGCGUUAUCAAGGACAAAGUGGCAGGCCUUGACAUCUUUGGCACACAGUCGGCCACCGAUACCCUUACAGUAAGCGUCUCCUCUGCUAUGAAGCUCCAACGUCAUCAAUUGGAUCAAAUUGCAAAAAAGAUGCAGAGAAUAACUGGUACAGCUCGAGUGAGUAUCAAGAACACGAUUGAUCCGUCGGUAAUUGCUGGUUUCGUUAUUAGUUAUGAGAAGGAAGGAUCUCAUACCAUCGAUCUAAGUGUGAAAGGAAAAUUGGACAAGUUGGCAGCUCACAUUGAAUCCAAGGAUCAAAGCCAAUUAAGUAGCAGUGGGAGUUACAUGUUCAUGAACAGAUAGAACCAAGCAGCAGCACCUGAAAUCAUCUGCAAUCAUCAAUUUUGGCUGUUGAGUAGUUAGCGGGUUUUCUUAGCUUCAAAUUUUGUCAUGUAAUUAUUUCUAUAAUAUUAUAUUGAUAGAGUUGAUACGCAAGGCAUCAACUGUAAGGAGUCCUUGACGGAAUUUACAUGUCGCAUCUUCGAGAGAUGAUGUAGGUCACCAGUAACCUAUGCCCCUGUAGUAAAAUGAUGCUACCGUUUGGCAGAAUUUCCACGUCCUAAGAUAUAUAUAAACACCACUGAGAAAGUUGUAAUA